AUGGAGACAGAAUCACCAACCCUCACAUCUAAAACGGCGGCCAUCAGCAACGUGGCAGACAUUCUGGUCAUCAGCUUUUACUUCCUUGUGGUCAUUGGCACUGGCCUUUGGUCCAUGCACCGGAUUAAUCGAGGGACAGUAAGGGGAUAUUUCUUGGCUGGAAGGAAGAUGGUGUGGUGGCCGAUUGGCGCUUCUCUCUUUGCCAGCAACAUUGGCAGUGGCCAUUUUGUGGGAUUGGCAGGCACUGGAGCAGCGAAUGGCCUGGCCGUGGCAGGAUUUGAGUGGAAUGCUAUAUUUUUUGUUCUUCUCCUGGGAUGGUUCUUUGUUCCAGUUUACCUCUCUGCUGAGGUCAUCACAAUGCCCCAGUACCUGAAGAAACGUUUUGGAGGCCAACGGAUCCGUCUCUACCUCUCCAUCCUCUCUCUUUUCAUGUACAUCUUCACCAAAAUAUCAGUGGACAUGUUUUCUGGUGCUGUCUUCAUCCAGCAAGCCCUGGGCUGGAAUAUUUAUCUAGCUGUCAUAGCGCUUCUGAUCAUAACCACCAUUUAUACCGCGACAGGAGGAUUAGCAGCCUUGAUGUACACUGACACAGUCCAGACGUUUGUCAUGAUUGGAGGCGCUUUCGUCCUGAUGGGGUUUGCCUUCAAUGAAAUCGGAGGUUAUCAAGGAUUAUUUGACAAAUAUAUGGAGGCUAUUCCCAAGCAGACACUUUCACCCAUUCCUGCCCUCUACAACAUCUCACCUUCCUGCUACCUGCCCCGUGAAGACUCUUUUCACAUGAUCAGAGAUGCCACCACUAGUGAUCUGCCCUGGCCAGCUGUUAUCCUCGGUCUGUCCAUCAACUCUCUCUGGUAUUGGUGUAGUGACCAGGUGAUAGUACAGAGGUGCCUGGCCGGGAAGAACUUGACCCAUGUCAAAGCUGGCUGCAUCCUUUGUGGGUACCUCAAACUACUCCCCAUGUUCCUCAUGGUAAUGCCUGGCAUGAUGAGCCGGAUCCUGUAUCCAGACGAAGUAGCUUGCAUCGUUCCAGAUGAAUGCAAGCAAAUAUGUGGCACAGAGGUUGGGUGUUCUAACAUUGCCUAUCCAAAACUGGUUGUUUCUCUCAUGCCAAAUGGCCUUCGGGGGCUGAUGUUAGCGGUGAUGCUGGCAGCCCUCAUGAGCUCCCUGGCCUCCAUCUUCAACAGCAGCGGCACCCUCUUCACCAUGGACAUCUACAAACGCUUGAGGCCCCAAGCCAAGGAGAGGGAGCUGUUGAUUGUGGGCCGGGUGUGGAUCUUGCUGCUUGUGGGGAUCAGCAUUGCAUGGAUCCCUGUGGUGCAGGUUGCCCAAGGCGGACAACUCUUUGACUACAUCCAGUCCAUCAGCAGCUAUCUGGCCCCACCCAUUGCUGCCAUUUUUCUCCUUGGAGUCUUUGUCAAAAGGCUUAAUGAGCAGGGCGCAUUCUGGGGCAUGAUGGGAGGACUAGCCAUAGGCAUGGCCCGAAUGAUCCCAGAAUUCAUCUAUGGGGCAGGGAGCUGCCUCUUCCCAAGCAACUGCCCUCGCCUGAUCUGUGGAGUCCACUACCUUUACUUCGCCAUUAUCCUAUUCUUGGCUACAGCUGCCAUUGCAGUGGGGGUCUCGCUCUGCACUUCACCAAUUUCUGAUAAACAUCUGCAUCGCCUGGUAUUCAGCCUCAGGCACAGCAAAGAGACACGGGUCGAUCUGGAUACGGAAGAGGAGGAGGAGGAGGGAGCAAAACAGCAGCAGCAGCAAGCAGAGAAUGCAGCCACUGGGAAUGGAAGACCAGAGCUGGUCCUAGAAGUGGAUGAUCCCAAAACAAUGACCUCCUGUGGCCGACUACGCCAAGGCCUGGCAUGGUUUUGUGGGAUGAAUUCUGGAAGCCCAAAGGAACCAGAAUUGAACCCAGAAGAGAAGGACAAGGAUCUCCAGGAUCUGGCAGUCAUCAUAGAGCGCACGCUCUGGAAGCAAGUAGUCAACAUUAAUGCUGUGAUCAUGAUGGCCCUGGCCAUCUUCAUGUGGGCCUUCUAUGCCUGAGGGUCCUCAACAGUUCAAUAGAAUAUGUUGCUCACCAACCUCUCCUGCUAUAUCCCAUCAGCCCAUCAGGCCCAGAGAAGAGCAAAAAGAUGGCACCAAAAGGGACUCCCUAACAGUCAUCUGGAUCAUUUGCCAUCAUCCAAAUCACGGAAGAUCUAACUAUGUCAACAUUCACCAAAUCUCAUAGCAACUAACUCUUUGGAAGACCAUCUUAAGUUAUAUUACAUCAUGAAAAAGACAAGUCACUCAAAACUAUUGACAGCUAGAGUUAGGGAGAAAUUCAUCUUUCUUAAGUGUCCAGAUGACUUGGAACAUUCAGUUUUCAGAGUCUUAGAAACUAUGUCAGGCAGGAAACACCAAAAUCACAUGCUACGUUCCAAUUGAAGAUCAUUUGACGGCCGUCUCCAGGAGGGCCUUUCACCAGGUUCGCCUGGUUCGCCAGUUGCGCCCCUUCCUUGAUCAGGAUGCCUUGUGCACAGUCACUCAUGCUCUUGUUACCUCUCGCUUGGAUUAUUGUAAUGCUCUCUACAUGCGGCUCCCCUUGAGGUGCACCCGGAGGCUUCAGUUAGUCCAGAAUGCAGCUGCGCGGGUGAUAGAGGGAGCUCCACGUAGCUCCCAUGUAACACCACUCCUGUGCAGACUGCACUGGCUGCCUGUGGUCUUUCGGGUGCACUUCAAGGUUCUGGUUACUACCUUUAAAGCGCUCCAUGACUUAGGGCCUGGGUACUUACGGGACCGCCAACUGUUAAUGUUAAGUUCGGGAAGUAACGAGGCUGGAGACCAGGGUAGUGACAACAGCUCUUUAAUAUAUGGUGAACCCAGCAACAGGCUGGGGAAAAACCUCUCCUUUUAUACAGUUCUGCUGGAGGCUUCGUCCAAUCAGCAACGUGCUGAUUUCCCGCUCAAAUAUUUAAAGGCACAACUGUUAAUACAUAACAGUUACCUCAUGCCUCCCACCGACCCAUACGCUCACACAGAGAGGGACUUCUCAGGGUGCCGUCCGCCAAACAAUGUCGGCUGGCGGCCCCCAGGGGAAAAUCCUUCUCUGUGGGGGCUCCUACCCUCUGGAACGAACUUCCCCCUGGUUUACGCCAAAUAUCUGACCUUCGGACCUUCUGCCGCGAAUUGAAAACACAUUUAUUUAUUUGCACGGGGCUGGCUUAAAUUUUGUUGAUUUUUAACUUUAUAUUAUGAAUUUUAAUGGGUUUUUAGAAUUUUAAAUGUUUUAAAGUCUUAGGCCAAUUGUGUAAUUAAAGUUUUUUAAUUCUUGUUUUAAUUGUAUAUUGUAUUGUUUGUUUUUAUUUUGGCUGUACACCGCCCUGAGUCCUUCGGGAGAAGGGCGGUAUA